AUGAAAGAAAAACAACUAGAUGAGACUAUAAUUCAACUUGAGAACAAAGAACUGGAUGAGUGUCAUCCAGUAGAAGAUCCUGAAGCUACAGCUACUUACAAUAGUGAUGAAGACAGUGAAGAUUCAAGUGAUGCUGAAAGUGAAAAUGCAGUCGAAGAUAAUGAUGAUGUAAGUGAUGAUGGUGCAGAAGUAAAUGACCAAGGUAGAAGACUGACAUGUCACUUUAAUGUUUUUGCUUUUAUGGGUGAAGAAGACCCACAAUAUUACAAGGAUUUCCAAGCUGAUAACCCUGAGUUUGAGGAUGAACCUGGUGAGCUUUUUGAUGACUCAGAUUUUGUUCAACCACUUGAUCCUUCACAAAUGAUAGUAGGUACUACCUUUCCUGAUAAAGAUGCAUUCCAAAGACAUCUUAAGCUUUUAUGUGUAAAAAAUGAAUGUGAAUUUAAGGCUGAAAAGAGUGACAAGAAAAGACUUAGGGUAUGGUGUGAAAAUAGGUUUGACAAUAGAGGAAAGGUUGAGUGUGAGUGGUUUGUUUUUGCUUCAAUACUACCAAAGCAGUCUACAUUUAAGGUUAGGUCUGUGAACUUAACCCAUACUUGCAAAGGAAGGAUUGUAGAAGACAAGAUAAUGAAUAGAUCUGCAGACCCUCCAUUAGUAGCUCAAGUUAUACAAGAACAGUCGAAGAAUGGCUCUGGAAAAGUAAUUCCAAGACCAAGACAAAUUCAAGAGAAUUUCAAGGCUUCUCAUCUCAUUGAUAUUACUUAUCAUACAACAUGGAAGGCUAGGAACUUAGUGAUGGAAGCUAAGUAUGGGAGUUAUGAAGAGAGCUACAAACUAGUUCCUCAGUUUUGUAAGAUGGUGUGUGACUCCAACAAGAAUUCAAUUGCAACUUUCUCAUAUUUUAAUACUGACAUGGCUUUUGAGUCAAUGACAAUAAGCUUUGCUGGAGCUAUCAAAGGAUUGGAGGAAUGGUGUAGAUCAGUUGUUGGGAUAGAUGCUUGUCAUAUAAAUGGUAAUUAUGGUGGUGUGUUGAUGGAUGAAACUGGGUUAGAUGGUCAAAAUGGUUUAGUCACAUUAGGAAUUGGUGUUUUUCCUGCUGAAACAAUUGAGAAUUGGACUACGUUCCUCGCUGACUUGAAGCCAUUACUCUUAAGACAUGAACAACCAUUGACAUUCAUUUCAGAUAGGCAAAAAGGGCUACUUGAAGUUGUUCCUGCUGUGCACUUGUAUAACAAUUUCAAGCAGCACUUUAAGGGACAAAAGUUGUAUAGUUGUUUGUGGAAUGCAGCUAAAUGCUACAAGAAGAAACAUUUCUAUAAACAUAUGGAAGAUAUAAAGAAGGAGAAUCCUGCUGCUGUAGUGUACCUUGAAAAGGCUGGUUUUGAGUCAUGGUCUAGAGAAUUUUUUGAUGACACUAGUAAGUGUGAACACCUAAAUAACAACUUUAGUGAGUCAUUUAAUUCCAUGGCAAAAAACCUUAGGGACAAACCAAUAUGUAGACUAGGAAUUCUUUAUAAUCAGUUUGUUAUGAGUUUGUUUCACAAAAGGAGAAAAGAAAGUGCAAAAUGGAAUCCAAAUGGAUUGGUUCCUACUGCUAUGAAACUGAUUGGUAAAUUGUGUAAGUUGGCUGGUGCAUUUAAAGUAGACCCAUGUGUGAGUGGUAAAUUGUAUGAAGUUACAAAUGAGGGUAGCAAGGCAGUUUUUAUUGUGAACUUGGAAGAAAAGCAGUGCAGUUGUCUACAAUGGAAACUCAGAGGGUAUUGCUCUCAUUAUUGCACAAUUGCUGCAUACAGAGCCACAUAUGCUCAAGUUGUCUUUCCAUUUCCCCCUCAAGAAGAUUGGCAUGAGUUGGAAGAACAUGAAAAGGUUGAAUUGAAAUCUGCUAUCAAGAUCAGGAAAUCAGGAAGGCCUAGAUUUAAGAGGAGGAGAGCAUGA